UAAGUGACAUAAUUACAUAUUCUUUUGUUUGUACGAAAUGUCAAAAUUAUAAAUAUGAUAAAACAUUUUUGAAAAAAAAAAUUAAACUUUAAAAUUCCCAUCCCCAUUCAAAACGAUGGCGAAGCAGGAUGAUGGCCUCUUUCUCCUGGAAGUACUUAUCGACAAGAUAGUAUUUGUCAAGAGUCCUUGUUUCUCUGACAAGGACUUCAGGACCUGUGUGACAAUAGAAGCUCCAUCAGUUCAAGCUUUGGAAAUAUGUGACGACGAUCCUGGAUCAUGUGUAGCUAAAAGCGGAGGACCAUUUGUGAAAACCUUUAACAGCGGCAAAUCUUGCCUGUUUUCACUUCUAGAAGCAGACAUUAACAAAGCCAUGAGUAGCUUUCCUAUAAAAAUAUCAGUAUUCAAAUCACUUCCAUGCGGUUGCCUCCCCACGAAAAUCAUAAUGGGAGAAGCUACUAUAGAUAUGACAAAGGAAUUUGUACAAUCUCGUAAAAAGUUUUUAGAAGAUCCAACGAAUGUUAGCUACCAAGCUUUGAAAGAUUCAUUUCGUAUCGUAGGUCCAGAUGGAAGCGAAACCGGUGAAGUAGUCAUGUUUUUACGCAUCUCUUGCUUUGGAAAAUUAAUUAUUACACGAUUCCAAGGUGUGAGUGCACCUCCCAGGCUAGGAGGCGCCCGCGAUCCUUCUUUUGUAGACAGGUCAUGUAAUCCAAAGAGAGAAUUCCAAACGACUCAAGAUCCUUGUGUUUGUGGCGCCGCACAAGGGGCAGCGAGUUCAGUACCUUGUACCGCUCCCUGCAGGACACCUGGUGGGGGCGGCCGCGGGGUUUGUCCAAUAGCUCAAGACCCAUAUAGUAGUAUGCCAUGUGAAGAUCCAGAUGACCCUUGCUACUGUUCAGGCGCCAAGCCUCCUCCUAAACCACCAAUGGUUUGCAGAAACACUGAACAGUACUGUUUGCAUAUUCCCAAAGGUGCCCUGCCGAGCUUGCCGAUAUACCAAGAUUUGACGGAAGAUGAAAUAACGAAAAUUAAAUCGACAAAGGAAUUGAAACUGCUUCAUAUAGAAGAUCACUUCUUCAAUGAAUUCAAUAUCGGAUCAUCGACACCGUGUUCUGAAACAACAACUGUAGUCGAAGACUAUUCCCAAUCAUUUCCCGAGAAAAUAAAGUUCUCAGAUGAGUCAUUUGUAACAAAGUUAGAUCAUUCACUAACUUCAUUGUGUACCAUCAGGUCAAAGAGGCGCAGCGUAUCUUUUUCCGACAAGGUAGAUUAUGUUUCCAAGUCUUACAGGGAUUUCUGGCACCACCGGAAGACGUGCCAUCGCUCUGAGACACCUAAGAGCAUAUUUGGUAAAAAGGAAACUACCGUUUAUAUGACGCUGUUUAAUGAGUUCUGCCGCCGUCACACAUCAGGAACACAAGCCACAGCUUCUGUUAACAAAUGUUUCCAAGCGUCCUACACUAGUGCCUCCAGCCAAAAUAGCACCUGUUGUUAUGACCAAAAUGCCAGUGACAGUUUAACUGUUAAUUCUUCGAUAUUACCAUUUGAAAGUCGAAGGCAGUCAAUGCAGGAUAACCGCGUAAGAUAUUCAGAUAUUUAUUAUUUCGGAAAAAAGAAUGAUAGUAAGGGGAUGGGAUCUAAAAAAAAACCACAACAAACUGUAAACACUGCUACUGCUGCGAGUGGACCAGCAGCAUCAAGUGCCGCCUCCGUACAAGCAAAGGCGCAAAAAAACAGUGCAGCUGCACAAACUAAGAAAAUCACUGGUGGGUCCACUAGUGGAAAAACGGUUUCAAUUAAGGUACAACCUUGCCCAGGUACUGUUGGUACCACCAAGGGAGAUAUGGUUGCUACCAUCUCUCAUAUAAGAAUUGCACCCCGAGAACCAUGUCCAAUUCACGGUAAAGAGCCAUGCCAAGGGCCAAAGUGUAUGGUUGCUGCAUCAGGUCAGGAUGAUCAGGUACCUGUUAAAGUUUCCACAGUGACAAAUCCACGUCGAGGUGUUUUUGAGUUAGUAAUUCGCAGGAUGAAUGGAGCUCCACUAGCAAAGAAUGAACUAAUGCUAGAAUGGACUCCACCGCCAACCCGCCCGCCUAGUUGCUUGUCACCGUGUAUCAUGACCUGCCCUCCCAGCCCUGUUUGUCGACCGUCAAGAUGUCGGAUACCUUGCAGCUCGCCUUGUAGGCCACCAAGAUGCUGUAAAAAACCUUGUAAGAGGCCAUGUGGGCCGCCAUGCCGGAUACCUUGUAGAAUACCUUGUAGGACACCUUGUAGAACACCAUGUAGAACACCUUGCAAAUCGCCUUGUCGUACUCCUUGUAGCAAGCCUUGCAAAAUACCAUGCAGAACAUCAUGCAUAACGCCUUGCCGGACCCUAUGCGUAACGCCAUGCACAACCAUAUGCCGAACGCCAUGCCGAACGCCAUGCCGAACGCCAUGCCGACCGCGAUGCCGAACGCCUUGCCGAACCCCAUGUCGUCCGCCGCCAUGUAAGAAGUUCUGCAAACCCCCUAAACCUUGUAAGCCUUGCGGCCCUUGUAUACCAGCUUGUGUACCGCGAUGUGGCAGAUGCGCGUCACCUCCCGCAUGCAGGCCAUGCGUGCCUCCGCCAAAGUGCCAGCCGUGCCCUCCGACACCUUGUGCGCCGCCGCCAUGCGGGCCGUGUGCCGCGCCCUGCAACAAAAAUUGCUGUAGCACACCCUGCACUACAUCUUGCAAAAGUUCACCUUGUUUAAGGCCGUGUCCUGUUGGAUAUAAGAGACCUCGUGGAAUUCGCAGCCAUCCUAAAAUAAGAGCUCAUCGAAAAUUAAUAUCGCCGUGCCAGAAUCGCGCGAAAGGAUGUCCAGUGGUGCGGUGUCGCAGCGUGCCCGAUCCGUGUUCAGGUUGUUGCACUCCUUCUCCCUGCCCACCUAGAAAAUGUUGCUCAGCCUCUCGGCCCCGCAAGUGUUACCCAAUGUUUCCAUGCUCUCCUCGAAAAUGCUACGUGACACCCUGCCCGCCUCGGAGAUGCUGCGCGUCCCCAUGCCCGCCACCAUUCCCGUUACCAUGCGUGAUUCCGCGCCCGCCUCGUUGCCCGCCUCCAAACUGUUGCGUUUUAACACCAUGUCCUCCGCAAAAGUGUUGCUCGACAUCGCGCUACAAGCUAAGCCCUAAUUGUUGCAAGAGUAACUGCACAAACUGCUGUUCAUGAAAACAACAAAGAAGACAUAUAUUAUACAGUCACAAUAAUAAAACAUUAAUAGGGAAGAUGGUGGUAAUUUUAAAAAGUGAUUAGAGAAGUAACGGUUCUCCUCUUAUACCUGGGAGCAGUGAGCGUCAUGUCAGCUGCUCAACAGUUGCUGCAGUCAAAAGCUCCACAACGUGACAGUCACCUAAAAAAAUAUUUUUACUAUUUUACGUAGAAUUUAGUGAGAUGAUUUCAAAGCUUUAGAUGAUUCUUAACUAAAAAGUAUAUCAGCCACUUUCUGCGUGUUGUAAUAUAGGUAUGUCAGUCACGUGCUGACAAAGAUAGUAUUUUUUCUAAAAGUACAAAAGUGAUUUUACACCUCUUGAAAUUUGUACACUUGAAUGAUAAUGGAAUAACAUGCAAUUAAUACUUGCAGACUUAAAUAAAAAUGAGAAUUUUCAAAUCUUUAGGAGCGUGCAAAAUAUCUAUUUUAUUUUUGUUUAAAAUCAUCUAAAGAAAACGAAAUUGUAGUUUACAAUUUUUUAUAGUGUCCAUCAAAUUUUGUAAGCAAAGCAUUUAAAGUCAAAUUAUUUUUGGCAACUUUCACGAGCUGGAACUCCAGACUGCACCGCGCGCACGGCGACUGACGCUCAUUUUACUACUGUCUGACUUUAUACCUACGAUUUUUAUUUAUUAAAAAUGUUCAAGAGUACCUGGGUAAUAUUUUAAGCAACAUGAAAUAUAUGUACAAAUAAACUAGCACGGACGACAUACAAGUAGGAGGUGCGUUAUAAACCAAUGACUGGUCCACAGUUCCAUAGAUGGCUAAAAAUUUCAUAUACCGACUAUAAACUCAGUAUCGAUGAGAUGUUUAACAAUUAAUUUCUUUGACAUUAGACAAAUAAAAUCAAUUUCCAACA